AAUUCAAAACCACAUCAACAACAAACUUGGUAAUUUUGAGGCUCAUACGGAGCCGCCGCAGCAGCCAAGUCACCGGCGGCGUUACCUCCGGCCACCCAAAAAUGUUAACCCUAGUUCGCAGAGCCACCUCGAGUCUCCGUCUCAGGUUUCUUCACAACCAAUGCAAUUUGGAGCGUAUUCGGAGCCACCGUUUACACACGUCUGGCCUCUACGGAUUUGAUCUCCUGAAGACGCCUAAAGGCUUUCAGCGCUUUGUUGACGAAGCCAUUGAACGGUCCAGUGAACUGGUUACUUACAUUUCUGGAAUGCCUUCAUCAGCAGAAAUCAUCAGAGCCAUGGAUGAGAUAUCAGAUGCAGUUUGUUCAGUUGUUGACUCGGCAGAGCUUUGUAGACAUACUCAUCCAGAUAGGGAAUUUGUUGAGGAGGCUAACAAGGCAUCUAUGAGAAUUAAUGAAUAUCUACAUUAUCUCAACACAAAUCAUAGUCUUUAUCAUGCGGUGAUGAAAGUUGAAAAAGAUCCUAAUUUGCUUAGCAAAGAAGCUAAAAGGGCAGCCCAUUACUUACGCGUUGACUUUGAGAAGGGUGGAAUCCAUCUUGCAGCUGAUAAGCUUGAUCGAGUUAAUCAGCUGCACGUAGACAUUGCUCAUCUGUGCAGGGAGUUCAGUGAAAAUAUUAUCACAGACCCAGGUUCUGUAGAUAUAUUUCCGGCAUCAAGGAUUCCAAAACAUUUGCACCAUCUUUUCAAGCCUAUUUAUGGUUUAAAUUCCAGUACUUUAAGAGGAUCUUCAGGAUCAAGAGAUAACAUCAAGGAAAAGGGAUUUCAGAUAACAACAGAGCCAGGAACUUUAUCCUCUAUUCUGCAAUGGGCAUCAGAUGCUGAGGUUAGGAAAAUGGCAUACAUACAAGGAAAUUCUGUUCCCCAUGCAAACCUUGCUGUACUUGAUAAACUUAUAGCUGCCCGACAUGAGAUUGCUCAGAUAAUGGGGUAUAAAUCUUAUGCUGAAUUUGCAGUGCGUCCAAACAUGGCUUCAUCACCAGAGGUUGUGAUGUCCUUUUUGUUUGAGAUGAGCAAGAUGAUCAGGCCCAAGGCUGAUGAGGAGUUUAAGGCAAUUAGGGAUUUCAAGAAGGCGAGAACUGGUCAAAUAUGUGAAGAUUUAGAGCCAUGGGAUGAGGCAUACUUCACAGGGAUGAUGAAGUCUUCUGCCUACAACUUGGACUCCUCGGUUGUAGCAUCAUAUUUUCCUUUGCAUCAAUGCAUUGAGGGUUUGAAAGUGCUGGUGGAAUCAUUAUUUGGUGCCACCUUUCGUUCGAUCCCUCUUGCACCAGGUGAAUCCUGGCAUCCAGAUGUGCUUAAAAUGUCACUACAUCAUCCCGAGGAGGGUGAUUUGGGGUAUCUUUACCUUGAUUUAUGCUCAAGGAAGGACAAGUAUCCAGGUUGUGCUCAUUUUGCCAUUAAAGGAGGGCGACGGCUGUCUGAAACAGAAUACCAACUUCCUGUUGUAGCCCUUGUUUGUAAUUUUGCCGGUUCACGCAGUUCAUCUUCUGCAAAGCUGAACCAUUGGGAAGUAGAAACUCUUUUUCAUGAGUUUGGACAUGCUCUUCAUUCUUUGCUUUCAAGAACGGAUUACCAACAUUUUUCAGGUACAAGGGUGGUUCUUGAUUUGGCUGAAACACCUUCGAACCUAUUUGAGUACUAUGCAUGGGACUAUCGUGUCCUGAGGAAAUUUGCCAGACACUAUUCAACUGGUGAAGUAAUACCGGAGAAAUUGGUAGAGUCAAUGCAGGGUGCCAGAAAGAUGUUUGCUGCAACAGACUUGCAACGUCAGAUCUUUUAUGCCUUGAUUGAUCAAACACUUUUUGGGGAACAACUAUCUCGACAAAGAGAUACCACGUCUGUUGUUGCAGAUCUGAAAAGACAAUAUACUAGUUGGAAGCAUGUGGAGGGUACUCAUUGGCAAACCCGAUUCAAUCACCUGCUUAAUUAUGGUGCAGGUUACUAUAGUUACUUGUAUGCCAAAUGUUUUGCUGCCACCAUAUGGAAAAAGCUAUGCCAGGAGGAUCCACUAUCCUUAGCCACAGGAACAGCUCUUCGGACAAAAUUCUUGGAGCAUGGGGGAGCCAAAGACCCUGCUGAUUUAUUGACUGAUCUAGUUGGGGAUGGGAUUCUCCAGUCCCGUGAUGGAGGGAUAGUCCCCGACCUCACUAGCCUUUGUGAUGAAAUGAAGCUUGAGGAGUGUGGGCAAGAGCAUGUCGUCUUGUAACCAAUUGAAACAGGUGGGAAAAAGAGAAUAACAGAAUUAGGGAGAAAGAACAGCCACUUCUGUUGGGAGAAAGCAUAAAUACAAAUCUGAAGUGAGGAGCAGUUGCAGCUCGGAAAGAAGCAGGAACUGCAGAAGGUCUGCUAACAUCUUGAGUAAAUUUUUAGAAUGUAGUUUGAUUGGUAUGCUAGAUGGUAGUGGGGACAGAGCAGAGGACUGCUGCCUGCAUUUUUGGGAAAAUAUAUUACUUGGGAUUUAUUUGUUUAUUUUAUUUAUUGGUAAGCAGGUCUGAUUUUGCCAAUUGGAAACUUGUAAAGCUGAUCCUAAGUCACUGAAAAACAAAGAAGAGCUCAUUUCUAUUCUUUAUUAUGAUGGAAACAGAUCUCAUUCUCAUU